AUGCAGCGCGACGACUACCCCUCUAUCGACCAGGCUCCAUUUGAACCUGGUUUUAGCGCCGAGUGGAAUUCAAUUUCCUCUCUCCCUACGCCUGCUUUGCCAUCGAACGCCCUGGCAGAGUCUGCGGGCUGGUUCCAGUCCUUAGGCCCCGCUGCCGCCUUGUCUGGAGAUGACCCAAACACCAUGGCCGGAGUCUACGCUCGGGGUUUCAACGGCUUGAGCCUCAAUGGAUUCAUUCACACUGAGCACCCUGGUGCAACGGGACAGGCCGUAGACCACAGCCAAGACUUCGCGAAAUCCAUGUCUUCUGUACACCCGAGUAUCAUGGAGCAGCUCAUCACCAAACGAGCCCCAUCGUUCACAGUGAUUGAUGCCAACGAGGCCUCUCCAAGCUAUGGUGGAGGAGAUCCUACCACACAAUCAAUUGCGAGUACGCCUUCAAGCAAUACGGGCUGGACCAAAGAGCAGGACAAACUUCUCAUGAGUCUUAAAGCCCAAGGUCUUGGAUAUUCCGCGAUCCAAGAUGAGAUGAGGAAGGAAUUUGGGUGGACUAGGAACAAGAAUGUGUUGGUCAAGCGCUUCGCUGUGUUGAAGAAGCGCUGCAAACCGCAGAUCAAAACUCGCAUUAUUCGAGAUAUAUCUAGAAAGAUCACUCCCGAAAUCGUCAAGGCUGUGGGAAAAGAACUCGAGAAAGUCACCUCAUCUGGUAGCAAUAGCAUUUCAACAGAACUUGAGGACUUGGUCCCAUUAAGGCUCCAAGAGCUUGUUGAAGGACUAGUCGCAGAUAUCGGUGUCUCGCUUCAUCAGAUAGAUGAGGAUGAUAAAAGAUCAUCAGCUUGA